AUGUCUUCUCCCAACAACAAGUCACCUUCUGCUCUCAAUCUCGAUGGCACCGGCGACGAGAAACCCCGGCUCACUGAAGAGGAAAAGAAGCAAAACCACAUUGCAUCAGAACAAAAGCGCCGGCAAGCAAUCCGUGAAGGUUUUGAUCGUUUGACAGAGCUUGUGCCCGGCUUGGAAGGACAGGGGAGAUCCGAGGGUCUCGUGCUCAAGCGUACAGUGGACUACAUGCAUGAUCAGAUUGCAGAGCGCCAAACGUUGAUCGCACGAAUUGAAGCCGCUGGUGGCCAGGUGGACGAGCAACACAAGAGGGCGUUAUAUCAACAAGUCCAGCAAAAUCAGAAGAGAAACUAG